AUGCUCUCCGAGCUUAACGCCUCCUCUUCGUCCCCCAAUUUCGAUGUGCUUUCCCAGCAGUCUUCCUGCAGCGCCGUCGUCGUCGAUGAGAUGAUGCUCACCGGCGAAUCUCCCAAAUUAUCUGCUUUUCCAGCAAUAAGCACAACUGAAAUGGGGAAAGAACCAUCGUCUUCGGAUUCUUAUAAAAGACAUAAAUCCUCAGCCAGAUCUGAUUUUAGCGGUGGAGAAUUGCUGGCGGAGAUUGGCGACGGAGCGGUGGCUACAGAGACUCCUCGAUCGGUGAUGGUAGUCGAUUCUCAAGAAGCUGGCGUUAGGCUUGUCCAUGCGCUGAUGGCUUGCACCGAGGCCGUCCAGCAGGAAAACUUCAAGCUAGCCGACGACCUAGACAAACACAUCGGAUUCCGACUUGGGACACGGCGGAUAAGGGCCUGA